GAAAGGGGGCAUUCGCGUGAACUCGAGCGCUUGCCUGCGUCGCGGGUGUAAAGCACUGUUGGACAUCGUAUGCGCAGAGGACCCCUGGGACCAGGUGGAGGAAGCAUCCGGAAGUGCACGGAUUUACUUUGUCUGGAGUGGACAGGCGCUGCUGCAGCGGCUUUGCCACCCUGGAGCCACCGAAAAAGUGCCGCGAUUGCCGAGCUCAGCCUGGGUGAACCGCUUCCCGGGCAUCGGCUGCAUCUGCGACAAGGUGAACAUGGCCCUGGCCCUGCGCCUGCUGCAGAAGCUUUGGCCGGAGAAGUUUCGAUUCUGGCCUAAGAGUUGGCUCUUGCCGGCAGAAACGGAUGAGCUUUGCCAGUGGCUGGACAAGCACAAGGCGAGCACGGUCAUUGUGAAGCCGGAAGGCGGCUCGCAAGGUGAGGGUAUCUUCCUGGUCCAGGAUGCACCCAGUCUGCGGCUGAAACUAUCCGCAAAGGCCCACUACGGUGCCGGAUUUGGCGCCCUGGCUCAACGAUACCUGCCCGCCCCGCUCUUGCUGGAUGGCUUAAAGUUUGACCUUCGGUUGUAUGUAGUGGUGACCUCUUUGGAUCCACUGGUCGCCUACAUGUGCAAGGAGGGCCUGGCUCGGUUCUGCACCGCCAAGUACGAGGAGCCCACGGCCGCCAAUGCCAACGAGGCCUACAUGCACCUCACGAACUAUUCUGUCAACAAGAAGUCGACAGCUUUCAAGGACGAGGACCCAUUCGACAUCCACACGCAGGCAAGCAAGCGUCCACUUGGCACGCUGCUGAGCCAGAUUGCUGCGCAAGAAGCAAACGAAGGCCGCUCCUUCGACGAGUCGAAGCUCUUCGCCGCCUUCGAGGAGGUAUGCGCUGUCCUCCUGCAGGCCAUGGUUCCUGUGAUGAAGGUGACGUAUGACCGCGUGGCCAAAGAAGCCAAGCCCAAGCCGCGGACGAAGGCGAAAGCCAAGUCACCCAAGAAGGGCAAGCAAUUGGACGAGGAUGAAGAAGGUGAAGAGGAGGAUGACGAGGAUGAGAGCGAUGAGUUUGCUCCCAACUGCUUCCAAAUCCUUGGCGUCGAUGUGCUUUUGGAUAAAAGCCUUCAGCCUUGGCUUCUCGAGGUGAAUGCGCGACCGUCCUUGGACAUCUCCAAUCCGGUGCGCUUGAAGGAUGCGCCGGCGGGCUCCAGGCGGUGCGUCUGCCGGGAUAUGGAUGGGGAGGACCACUGCCAUGUACAUAGCGAAGUGGAUGUGCGUGUGAAGCGUUUGGCUGUGGAUGGCGCCCUGCGGCUGGCUGCAGCGGACGGCGAGCCCCCGGCGCCGCCAGAGGGCUUCAUGAAGAUGGACUUCGACCGUUACAGCCCGUCCGAAGCCCAAGAAACACUACAGGCGGUGGCCAGGAUCUUUCAAGAGGCGGGUGGCGCCAAAAAGGCUUUCACCACCUCCGGACUGCGGAGAGCACUGGCCAAUGCAGUCAGUGCCGGUCUGGCAGCCCAUGAGCUUGACACCCUUGUCACGAAGUGGAAGCAUCAGGGCUACAGGCAAGACAUCCACUCCGAAGACGACAAUGCCGAAAUCGGCGUGCUGGACUUUGCGGCCCUUUUGCAGGAGAUAGCGCUGGUCCGGUCGGGCAAGGAGGAGGAUCCGCUUGAUGCUUUGGUUUCCUUGAUUGAGCUAUGUGAUCCUGGGUGA